AGAAGUGCGGAAAUGGCUGUUGUACCUCCAGUCCAGUGUCCCUUUUCCUUUGAGGAUGUGUCUGUCUAUUUCACUGAGGCAGAGUGGGCCCUGCUGGAUCUGGGACAAAGAGCUCUAUACCGGAAGGUCAUGCUGGAAAACUAUGGGAAUGUGGCCUUUCUGGAAGCCAAAAGUAUAAGAGAGACUUUGGUGGAGACAGACAACAGCUUUGCAUCCAAAGAAAGGCUGGAGAGUUUCUCAAGAGGAUCCCAAGAGCAUAUUUUCUUCCCAAAUGAGCUGACUGAAAUGGAUGGACAGAGGAAUGAGGAGGCUGAACUCCAUCAGCAAAUGUUAGAUAGAGUUAAAAAUGCAGACUUGAAAGAAAAUGUCAGGAAUCUAGGCAGACCUAAGAGAAAGAAAAGUGGCUGUAUGAUCAAGAAGCAAGAUGGAAGAGAGCGUAAUGUACAUGUUCCAAAGAACAGGAUAAUGAAGGCAAGUAAAUCCUUUCAAUGUGGAAAGUACUUCAGAAGUAGGCCACAGCUCCUUGUGCACCAAAAAAUACACAGAGCGGAGAAACCCUUUGAUUGUGAAGUGUGUGGGAAGAGUUUCAGUCAGAGUGUCACUCUUCAACUUCAUGAAAGAACCCAUACAGGGGAGAAACCUUUUGAAUGCUCAGAGUGUGGAAAGAGAUUCAGUAGGAGUUACCAUCUUCAAGAGCAUCAAAGAACUCACACAGGGGAGAAACCUUUUGAAUGCUCAGCAUGUGGAAAGAGAUUCAGGUUGAGUGGCCAUCUUCAAGGGCAUCAGAGAACUCACACAGGAGAGAAACCUUUCGAAUGCUCAGUAUGUGGAAAGAGAUUCAGGUUGAGUGGCAGUCUUCAACAGCAUCUGACAACCCACACAGGGGAGAAACCUUUUGAAUGCUCAGAGUGUGGAAAGAGAUUCAGGUUGAGUGGCAAACUUCAGCAGCAUCAGAGAACCCAUACAGGGGAGAAACCUUUUGAAUGCUCAGAGUGUGGAAAGAAAUUCAGUCAGAGUUGCAAUCUUCAGCAACACCAAAGAACCCACACAGGGGAGAAACCUUUUGAAUGCUCAGAGUGUGGAAAGAGAUUCAGUCAGAGUGUCACUCUUCAACUGCAUCAAAGAACCCAUACAGGGGAGAAACCUUUUGAAUGCUCAGAGUGUGGAAAGAAAUUUAGUAGGAGUGGCAGUCUUCAACAGCAUCAAAGAACCCACACAGGGGAGAAACCUUUUGAAUGUUCAGUGUGUGGAAAGAGAUUUGGUGAGAGGCGGAAUCUUCAACAGCACCAGAGAACCCACACAACAGAGAAACCUUUUGAAUGCUCAGAGUGUGGAAAGAAAUUCAGCUGGAGUGGUGCUCUUCAGCAGCACCAAAGAAUCCAUACGGGGGAGAAACCUUUUGAAUGCUUGUUGUGUGGAAAGAGAUUCAGUCAGAGUGGCACUCUUCAGGUGCACCAAAGAACCCACACAGGAGAGAAACCUUUUGAAUGCUCAGAGUGUGGAAAGAAAUUCAGUAAGAGCGGCAAUCUUCAACAGCAUCAGAGAACCCACACAGCAGAGAAACUCUUUGAAUGCUCAGUAUGUGGAAAGAGAUUCAGGUUGAGUGGCCAUCUUCAACAGCAUCAAAGAACUCACACAGGGGAGAAACCUUUUGAAUGCUCAGUGUGUGGAAAGAGAUUCAGUCGAAGUGGCACUCUUCAACUGCAUCAAAAAACCCACACAGAGAAGAACUUUUUGAAUGCUCAGAGCGUAGAAAGAGAUUCAGGUUGA